GCCCGGGCGAAGGGCUGGCCCCGCCGCCGCGCGCCCGCAAUGGCCCGGGCCGCCUUCACUCAGGCCGCCGGCCCCGCGGCGGGGGAGCGCGGCUGAGCCCAUGAGCCCGGCGCGGCAGCGGCGGCAGGACGGGGCGCGGGGGCGGCGGGAGCCGGCGGCGGGCAGCGCGUCCCCCCGGGCGGCCCCUCCCAGGUAGGAGCGCGGGGGCGCGGCUGUCACCGCCGCGCCGCGGCGCUGCCCGCGGGCUCGGCCGGCCGCCGGCUCUCCGCCGCCCGGGUGUCACGCCGGCCGCGGGCGGCGGAUCGGCGCGUCGGGAGCUGGUAAACACGCGCCGGCGGCCGGGAGGCGCAAAACCCGCCCGCGCGGGGCUCCCCCCGCCGCGCCCUCCCCUGCCCCCGGCGUUGCCUGGAGAGGCGGCGAGGCGACGCGCACUCCCGUCCCUCAGCGGCGGGCGGCCGCCGCCGUUUAAGCCGCCGUUUAAACCCCCGUUCCCCCCCGUGCGUGCGCGGGGGGGGCGAUUCACGCUCCGCGCCGCCGCCGCGGGGAGCUCCCCCCGGGCGGGCUGCGGGCCGCCCCCCGCCGCGGCGGCGGCCGUUAACGGCCGUUGGCGGCGCGCGCGGCGGGUCGGCGCUGACGACGGGUCGGUCGGUGCGGGCGGCCGUUAACGGCCGCUGGCGGCGCGCGCGGCGGGUCGGUCGGUGCGGGCGGCCGUUAACGGCCGUUGGCGGCGCGCGGCGGGCCGGUCCGCGGAGGCGAGCGGCGAGGGCCCUCCCCGCGGCGCGGCGCGGACAUGCACUGCGAGGCGGCCGAGUGGCGGAGGGGCAGCGGCGGCCCGCCUCGCCUCCAGGUGCCCGACAGGCGCCGGGGAGCGCCGCCGAAGGAGCCGCCGCGAGCGACCUGCCCCGGCAGCACCGCCAAAGCGCUUCUCAACCCGCCGAUGUCCUUCACGAUAACUGUCAGCCACGGCGGCGACCCCGCGGAGCCUCAGCAGAGCCCCCCCGAGAUGUCGGUGCCGCUGCUCGAUUUCGUGCCCAAAAGACCGAGCAUAUUCGAGAGGAUCCCGAUUCUCCCCAGGGCGCCCGAGCUGCGAUGCGCUAAAGGCUCCAAAGAGUAUUUCCAGCAGCAGAAACAUCAAAGCGUGAAGGAUUUCUUUUUGCUUGCUGCUGGUCUGGGUUUCUGCAUCUCCUUGCUGUGGAGGAUACAGACUGAUGGUGCUGGGGCAUUGCUGAAGGAAGCUAGAUGGGCAGUGAACGGUGGCUACAGUCAUUGUAAUUUGAUCUCUGAGAAGAAGAACAUGAUGGACAUGGAAAUGACAAAUAGCUCAGUACCUGUCUGCAGACAAGGUCUGUUCAUCCAUGCAGGGAGCCCACUUAUGCGAGACCACCCACUGUCCUGUGAGAGGCUGCUUCAUGUUGGGCAGCUGAACUUGGCACACUCGGAUAUAAGGUCGCCCAGGUUUCCAGACUCAGUAGAUGCUGCCGCUCCAUGCCUGAACGGAAGUCACCCGGCUCAGCAUAUCAAACAAGAGUGCCUGAGUGAUUAUAAGGUUGUGUCUGAGGCUUCUCCACAUAGGAGGAUUACGGAGGGGAUGGAGCUGCGAGCCUCCGGUAGUCUGCAUCCUGAAAUAGACCUAAUGAAUAAUAGCUUUACAAAUUCGCUUUCAUCUUACUUGUUUAAUAAUGAACAUAGCUCCUCCCUGGGUCCCUUGGCACUUGGCACCCCUCAGCACUCGGCCAGGCUACAGUCGAGCAACCUGAAGAAGAGAUGCAUCUCUGUUGUGCCGUCUUCAGCUGAAGGAAUCGAUAUUACAGCUAUCAUCCGCACAUCUCAGACGUCACUGGUCACCUGUGUGAAUGGACUGCGGACUAACUCAGCUGGCAUUUCCUCUCAUCCUGGGGAGAGCAGUCAUCACAGUGCUCAAAAAUCCUCUCGGCCCCAGUCUUGCUCUCAGCCUGGAAACCCUUGCAGUAUUCCCUCCCCUCCAGCAUGUCUUGUACCUAUUGCCGCUGAGUGUGACAGAGGUGACUGUGAGCCGAUACAAAUGCAGCAAGUGGAGGAGAAUGGAAACCUCAGCCUUAUGAUGAAUGGCACGAGCAUUCCUCAUCAAAACACCUCGCACAGCACCCAGAAGGUGAGUUUCUUAAAACAAGAACCGGCCGAUGAUUAUUCCUCCACUUCUGAUCUUUUCCGACAUCACCAGGGGUUGCCUCCCCCUUACCAUCUACACCAGCAGCUAAGCCAGACCCAAGGGACGCUGCCUCACUUACAUGCCUCCAUGUCUCCCAAGUCCCUUCAGCCCAGCGAGGGGGAUGAGCAGGACCUCAGCAGUGGCAAGCAGGUCUGUCGGUGGAUUGACUGCAGUGCCACGUACGACCAACAAGACGAACUGGUCAGGCACAUAGAAAAGACACACAUUGACCAGCGGAAAGGAGAGGACUUCACUUGCUUUUGGGCAGGCUGUGUCCGCCGGUAUAAACCCUUCAAUGCUCGUUACAAACUGCUGAUUCAUAUGAGGGUUCAUUCCGGAGAAAAACCAAACAAGUGCAUGUUUGAAGGGUGCAACAAGGCAUUUUCUAGGCUUGAGAACCUUAAGAUUCACCUCCGGAGUCACACCGGCGAGAAGCCGUACCUGUGUCAGCAUCCCGGCUGCCAGAAAGCUUUCAGCAACUCCAGUGACCGGGCAAAGCAUCAGCGAACACACCUGGAUACCAAACCGUACGCCUGUCAGAUUCCUGGCUGCUCCAAACGCUACACCGACCCCAGCUCUCUGCGCAAACAUGUGAAAGCUCAUUCAGCCAAAGAACAGCAGGUGCGUAAGAAGCUAAAUUCAUGUACUGAUAUCGAACAAGAUGUACUAAGUGAAUGCUUAGCUAUACAACAGCUCCACACAUCUUCACAGCACAUUUUGGAUGGGAAAUGUGGUAGAUCUGUAGGUCAUCAUGAUUUAAUUACAGGCAUGUACAGUGGUUCCAGCGCUAACCAUAAUGGUCCCUCACCAGCUGUACUGCCGCCUCCUCAUGACAUCCCUUCAAGACACCAUCCACUUGACUCCACCCUUGCCAGUCCACAUCACCAUCAGUCACCGCUGGAGAGUGCCAGGGAAGGGCUUGCUCCCAACAUAAUCUCUCCGCUCGUCAGCCCGCUGAAAGCACUAGUGCCCCCGUCCCUGCUGCAGAAACACGGCUCGCCACCGUCGCACAGCCAGUCACCAAAUGGGCAGCAAUUUUCUGCCCUACCAAAUAAACCCUACGCUCCGUUUCAAAACCAGUCAGUGCAGCAGGGAUCACAAGGUUACCAAGGCAGCUUUCAUUCAAUACAGAACUGUUUCCACUACGGUGACUGCUACAGACCAAUGGAGCAGCCCGUCGCUGGUGACGUGCUCCCGGGGGACUCCCACUGCUUUGCUCCCCUGAGGCAGAACGGCUACCACUUACUCAAUGCACCUUUAGCUUCCACAGGGAACACUCACCUACAGCGCAGCUGACAAGCCAGACCUUUCUCACCUUUACUGCGUGGGCUAUGCGUUGCACAUCCCUUCAGGUAUGCUCAGGCAGGCUCUAACAAUCAGAUCCAAGUCGAGAUGAUAGUUAACAAAAUUCUGGAGAAAAUACUGGCAUCAGGGACUUCUUAUCCACCUAAGAAUAAAUGGAUGGCUUUGUCUUGCAAUACUGAUGUUGAUGUUGACAAAACAGAAAGUCACUGCUUUGAGAAAUGUGGCUAAAAAUAUUAAUUCGUUCUUUUCUGUUUGGAAGAGUGCUGCUGCACAUUCAUGGCAACUUUUCCCAUUUUCACAUUUAGCUAUAUAAUGUAAAUUUUGCAGUAAGUUAUUACAGCUAGAUGACUAAAACACUUAAAUGUAUAAAUAUUCAUUUUUUAUAGAGCAUUUUUUUCUACUUUUAAAACCACAGUUAAGAAUUGGUAGAAUUACCAAAUCAAACACAACGUUUUCCAAGGCUUGUCAGAGCCAUGAAACAUUACCAUUUACUGCAGCCUUUACUUACGUAUCUCAGAGAGAUUUUUCUUCAUGUCUGGAUUCAGGAGGGUACCUCGGUUCAGGACGAUACUGAAAACAUAUGUUUAAAUGCUUUUUGAAAUGGGGCUUGAGUCCGACCACAAAAUUAGAGUUGACUUUCCUGUUUGUUUUGUAUUAAAGGCAACUGUGUUGAGCGAGAUGUGCAUGCAUUUGUCUGGUGUUCCACGCUAGAAACUGUAUGCAUCGGUGACCAACACAAGGGAAAAGUUUAAGCUGGAGUUUCGACUUCAACUUUGAAUUCUUUCGUGUUAUUCAUAUAAGUUUGAUGUUACUAAAACGUAGGGGUUUUUUUCAUGUUAACAUCAAAUUUCAAGUUUGGAUUGACAGAUUGCAAUAUUUAAAGAACAGACUAAAUAAACUUUCCAAAAGAAGUCGUAGGCACAAAGAAUAAUGCUAUGGCAAGACACCAAUUUCAACAACAGUUGAUUUUUUUUCUGUCUGGAGCUAAACUAUUAUGAAAUGUUUCUGUGUAAUAUUUUUGUUUUUAGAGUAGUUAUUGAGGUAUGCAAAUACUUAGAGGCUGAAACAUAAAUAUAUAUGAAAUAUAUAAAUCUUAUCUCAUCUCUUUGUGUGUAAAAUAGAGCCAUUCAAGUUUGCGAGAUUGAUCAAGGCUAUGCAUUAAUUUUUUUUUCAGGAUUUUAUAGCCCCAUUAAUAUUAAAUGAGAUCUCAUCUCACAGGAAUGCCAAAUGUGACUGGCAAACAGCUGUUCCAUGAAUCACAUUAACAGUCAAUAAAUUUUUAUUUUCUGUUCAGGGCUUUGGAUAGUUUACUCUAUCUGGAAUCUAAUAAUGAUUUCUGGGGUGAAUGCUUGUCUUGGGUUUUAUCCAUCCGUGGCCAUGUAUCCCCCCCCGGUAUACGGACUCAUCAAACGGAAAUUAGCAUAACAUAAACACUUGCAAGACUUAGCAAAACCCUGGUCCCUCCACUUGGAGCGACACAGCGCCGGGCGGUUCGACUGUCGGAGACGUUGGCGCGACGCUGUGUGCCCGGCAGCAGUUUGAUCCAUAAGCUAACAGUAAAUUAGUAUGUCAUAAGCAAAUGCAGAAAUAGAAAUAAGCACAGAAUUUGGUCUCUAAUACUACAAACAUGCCGAAGAUCCCUUUGAUUAACUUCUAAGGACCGAGCCUAUGGGUCUUUGAGAAAUCGGGGUGGCUGCGCAAGGCCACCGGGUCGGUCUUUCACUGCUGCUGCGACGCCGCACAGCCACGGGGGCUUGGUUUGGCCUGGGGCAGCCUCACGUCGGCCACACGCAAACCCUGCUUGCCUUCAGGAUUAGCCAGAAACACUGAAGACGGGAAAAACCGUUACCCUCAUUUUGCAGAGGGGGAGCUGAGGCACAGGCGCCCAGAGCGGCUCCCCGGCGGCCCUGCAGAGCUCCCCUCCGGAGCGGAGCCCAGGGCCCCAAUCCCAGGGCUUUGACCAUCCAGCUGCAUGGACACUCGCAAUUCAUGUCACUGCGGUUCGUAAAAAAGUUUUUUUUUAAAAAAAAAGUCCAGCUGGGCUGUAGUAAAAUGGGUACAUGCCCGUGAGCCGUGGCUGGCCAGCGGCAAAAGCAGGUUAAGGGCGAGAGGGGCACAGCAGGAGAGAGCCCUGGCCUUUGGGCCAAGCAGCAAAGCUUUUGCUUUGAGGGCCACCGCGACGGUGCAGCUGCGCCAGCGCCUGGUGGCCGGCCCAGCUGGGCCUUUCCAGGGGCUCCGCAGCUCGGAGAGGGUUACGGCAGCUGGGAAAGGUUUGUGUUAUAGAAGGAAGGGACAAAGAGUUUCUUCCCCCACCCGUAACAGCUCUCCGACAGCCUGGCGAGCGCCAGGCAGAUGGGGCAGGCAAGGAGCCAGUGGCACAGCAAGCUUUGGGGGGCUGAGGACAAGGUGCUCGGCCACGCUCCCUUCUGCCCCUUUGGAGAGGGCCAGCACCGUGCCCGACCCCCGGGUAGCUGCGGGACACGCAGCCGCACCUGAGCCCAGGCGCCCGGCAGCCCUUGUGUUGGCCGCACGUGGGCAUCCACCAGCCGCAGGACCCAGGCUCCCCCUCAACCCCAAGAGCAGCUGGGAGACACAUGGGACAUUUCCCCAAGGGCCGUUGAAAGGAAAAACACACGAUGGCAGAGGACUACACCACUUGUAGGCGCACUGGCUAGGCUCCUUGCCCGGUCAUUGUUUUGACGUCCUAUUCAGAUAAUAGCUGUAAUUUCCCAAGGGAGACAUGCUCCGGUACUUGCACUUCGCUUGCAAAUGGGUAGCUCUCCGCAGGAAUGCAUGGGAGACUCAUACACCAUGACACAAAUGCCCACAGAGCUCGGGCUGUGCAUCUCCUGGGUGAGGCUUUGAUGGUAAAGUCUAUUGUUUUUCCAUUAACACUGCGCUGUGCAGCAUAACCCCCGGCCUCAAACUCUGCUCCCUUCCUUAUAUGUACUGCAGCACUAAAUCAUGUCCAUGCGACUUGUCAC